AUGUCACCACAGAAGCAAGUCAAGGUGUGGGACGAUGAGAAAACACAAGCCCUUGCCAAAAUGGUCGAGAAGUACCAAGGACCUCUGGAGCAAAAGUUGAAUUUCUUAGACGACCAUUAUAACUCUCAGGAACCCCUGCUCAACGAACACAACAACAAAAAGUUUAGUGACUUUGGUUUCAACCACCACACACUCUAUUACCGCAAGCCGGAGAAAUACUGGAAUGAGGUCGGACUUCUCGUGCCCGACGACCUCGAUUUGGAAGAAGAGGCUCCCAUCCACGUAUUCUUUCAAGGUGGCGGCUUCUGGACUGGCGACUGGACGUGGUGUCCAUGGUACCUGCAGGCAUCCCUGCGACAAGCGAAAGCUCAACGUGCCGUUAUCCUCGCCGUCAACUACCCCCGGUUCCCACUUGCCGACAUCAACGACAUCACGCGGGCUAUCGAUGACUUUUGGGACUAUUUUUACAGCACCGACAUGAUCAAUGGCUACAAAGCUUGUAUAGGGAAACUCGCGCUCGAUAAAGAAAAGCUACUCAUAUCAGGAGAAAGUGCUGGUGGUUAUGCAGCAGCAUACUCGGUCAUACGACCGCAUGAGAAGCUCAAAGUCAACGCACUGUUCCUCCGUUAUCCAAUGCUUCGUCACUAUGAGCGUGUUGAUAGUUGGAAAGAGCAACUAGGCUACAUGGGCCGGACAGUGAAUGAUAAGAAAUAUAUAGAGAAGAAGGUCAAUGAGUUGUGGGAAAUGGUCCAGACCAUACGUAAAGAGAUGAAGGAUCAUGGACUGCUCGGUCGAAGCGAUGAUGGCAUCUUUGCCGAUAUCCUCAAACGACGCGUUCCGCCCUACGGCAUGUUAGGGGCUUUCGCCAGCUCGUGGUGUGGAACGUGGAGCAACUAUUUCGGAAAGACAACUAAGGAUGAGCGGUUGCCAGACAUCCUGACCCAGUUAGAGCAGAUGAAAGACAACAGCCAAGUGUCUGGGCUAAAAAAGGUGCCUGCUCUAUUCAUUUAUCACGGAAAAGACGACACCAAUGUGUCUCCUGAGGUGUCUGUAACCUUCAAGCAACAGUGGGAGAGGUUGUUCGAGAAUGUGAAAGGUCUAAAAAUCAAUUUUAAGAUGCCAGAAGGUCCGCACGGGUUCGAUUACUUGCUCGACGACGAGUUCAUGAGAGACUUCAUCAAAGACAUGACGGAGGCUUGGAUUUCUGUGUGA